AUGCGUAUAUAUUCCCUUUUCUCGAAGCCAUAUACGGUGACAUACACCUCCCGGGCUAUCUGCAUCAAUGGAUAUCCUAAAUUGUUCAUAGCUGGAUGUAUCCAUUAUCCACGUAGUACUCCUUCUAUGUGGCCAUCGUUACUUCGUAAAGCUAAGGCGG